AUGGCCGCCCAGCAAGACAGUCAACAUCAACACCAGCAACAGCCAACCCUCCAGGCUACCCAGCCCAACACAAAUCCCACCCAAACCCAACCCGACCCCCUCCUCUACCCCCUCUAUCCCCCCUCCCAACAAACCAUAACCCAAGCCUUCCAAGACCAAGAAGUCUUCAUCCAAAAUCUCGAACAAGAAGCUCUCGUCCACGAACGACUCAUCCAGCAUCUUCACGAGACAUUGGCUACGCAAGAGAAGCAACGAAUUGCUCUCGAAGAAAAAUGUCACCGUCUGCAGGAUUUGGUGGACAAGUAUCGCGAACAUCGUAAUGUGCCGAGUACGGCUGUGAGGGAUUUGAUGGGGAUUUUGGAGGGGUCGAAUGAGGCUCUCUGCUAUGAAAAUUUUCAAGAGCAUACACGCGUUGUGGAACUUGCGCGUCGCGUGGAGGAGUUGGAGGUGGAAUUGCAGGCUGCGGCGAAAGUGUGUCAGAGGGCGAUUCCUCGCCAGAUGGAAUUGGAGAGGGAGAAUGUGGAGUUGAAGGGGUUGGUGAGGGAGAGGGAGGGGAGGUUGAGGGUGGUGGAGGAGGAGAAUGAGGUGUUGAGGGUGGUGGAGGAGGAGAAUGAGGUGUUGAGGGAGAGGUUGCAUAGGGAGAGUUGGAGAAGAAUUGAAGUCCAAAGAGAAAAAUGCUACAAUAUUGAAGAAGAGAGAGAGGGACAAGACUACGUUUGUAGCAAUACAUCUACAUAUAUAUUCGAUCUACAACAGAGAUACACGAUAGCAUUCGAAGAAGAAUACAGGGAUAUUUCCGCGGCUUGGAAUGUAACAGGUUGCCCAAUAAUUCAAGCUCGAGCACUUCGGGAUAUUGGCAUCUUGCCAAAUCCCGAGUGCUGGGCAAAUGCCUCCCGUCAAGUUGGUUAUCCUCAUUAUUGGAGACGCCUUCUCCUUGCUAUCUUCUAG